GUCUCUGUUAAGUCUAUGUUUGUUUCCUUCAGGCUGAUAAGCAACACAGGUUUCGUAAUUUGUUAUAAACAAUAUGUUGAUGGUUGACGAAUCUUCUGACGAACAUCUAUUGAAAUGUUCAACAUGCAAUAAGCCAUUAUCAGUGGCUCCAAUUUAUCAUAACGUUACCAUUGGAAGUGUAUGUGGUAGAUGUGCUCAAAAUGGUUUAAUCGAUGGAAACAGUGAUGCUUGUUGGGAGAGACAAAUUAUUGUCGAAAACAUUGCAAAUUAUUUGCUUUUUCCUUGUUCAUACCAAGUCUUCGGAUGUAUGGUUGAACUUCAAUGGGACUCUGUUGUGAAUCAUGAAGACACUUGCCCAUACUCAGAUAUUGUUUGUCCUCUAUCACAUGAAUAUUUCGGGAGUCAGUGCUCUUGGAUUGAUGACCAUUAUAAUCUAACCAAGCAUAUCAAAAGAAAGCAUAAAAAUAUGUUUUGCAUCCCUCCAAGCAUGAAAAUAACAGAAAAAUGUGAGAAUAACGUCCUUUUUUCUGAGAUUGCAGGAAAUUUGAUAAUCAUUAUGUUGAUAUUCAAUAAUGAGUUGAAUAAAUAUUCAUGUUAUUUAUUUGGGGAAUUUUCUUUAGAAGAAUGCAAUUCAUACCGAUGUCAAGUAAAUAUUUCAAGUAUUGAAUUGGCUAAUCCAGUGAAGUUAAGAAAUGUACCAAUGCAACCCUUUGCCAGAAAUUACCUCAAAAGAGUUGAUGGGGGUGUAGAAAUUGAUCUUAAUGAGCAUUUGAAAAAUAUUUCUCCUACAACAAACGAUUUAUUAUUAUCAUUCAAUGUUUUAAAAGAAAGAAAUUCUGAGGAAACCCAAUUUGACGCAAAAUUACUACAGGAGUUGGAAUGUCCUAUUUGUUAUGAAUUAAUGAAACCCCCAAUCUUCAUAUGUGAAAAAGGUCAUAAUAUAUGUGAAGUAUGCUGCAAUAAAGUUGACAGGUGUCCUGUUUGUAGAAAAAAUUUGUUAGGUGGUAGGAAUUUCACACUAGAGACUCUAGCAUCGAAAGUUAACUAUCCCUGUGUGAAUAGACAUCUAGGCUGCACUUACAUUGCAAUGUUACCACAAAUUGAAGAUCAUCAACGUGAUUGUUCGUAUGUUGCCAGAAAAUGUUUUGUCGGUAGCUGCCAGUGGGAAGGAUUGAAUACGAGUUUUGAGAAUCAUCUGGAAGAUAAACAUUUGAAUAAUUUGCUGAAGCUGGAUACAUUUAAAGUUCACCACAUAAAUAUGAAAAAUCAAGACUAUAUUAUGAUUCAUGAUGAUGAUAUUUUUGUUUUGAAAUUUAGUUUCGAUAAUAAGGAUAACCUCAAGUACGCUGUUCUGCAUUAUGGACGUGAAGUUACCAGUUAUAAAUAUAACCUCAUACUGAAGGACCCAACAUGUGGCAUUAGCAUAACUCUUUCAAACUGUUGUGAGCCAGUGCUAACUGCAUCUGACAUUAUGCAUUAUAACAACAGUUUCACGUCAUUACCAUUCUCUUUUCUGUCGCAGUUUUUGUUGAAUUUUCAUCAAAUAGAGUUCAAGCUGCAUAUUCAAUAUGAAAAUUAGUUAUGCGACACCUUCGUAUGUAUAGUUUUAUGUAAGGAAAUAUGAAAAAUAUACAUAGGAACAGACUGUUAAUCGAAAUCUAUGAUGGUUGGAUUGAUUUAUUAUCAAAAUGUAUAAUUAAUUUUCAUUGGAUAAU